AUGGAGUUCUCACGACUUCCUCUUCUCCCCAUCCCGGCGUCGAUCCGCCGUCGGCUGCCCCGGUUAUACCCGUCACAUAGGGCUGGCGCCGAUACCGAAUCAGGCGGGGCAUUGCGGCACUCUUCUUCUGAGCCGCAUCUGCCUUUGCCGGGUCAUGAGAGUCUUACGGAGAUAGCGGUUGAGAUGCGGCCUUCAACGGCGAGUGAUGAUCUGAGCUUUGACUCGUCUGGAGGGUCUAGCCCUCGUGAGGAGACGGGGGUUCCGACGAAAUAUGAGACUGAGUCGGGGUUACGGUGGAACCGAGUAGUACCCGCAUUCAAUCUUCUCCGCAAUGCAGGCUACGAAGCACAACAGCCACAUGCCGAUAGCCGACUUGCACGGUCACUUUAUAUUAACGCAACCAUGUACCUGCUCGAUGCAUUGCCACCUGAUCUUAGCGCUGAGGAAACUCUCAUGAUCGCACAUCGAUUACCACAGCCCGUCAAGGCAUCAAUAGCGGCAGAGCCCCAAAUUCAUCUGACGCGGUUGGAGGGCUCUGGAGAAGCGAGACCAGGUCCUCCCGCUAGAUCAUAUCUGCAUAGGCUUCUUGCGUCCGUGAUUGUGCAAAUCUUUCUUCUUGUGCGGUUCAUCCUGCCUUAUGCGAAGUUAUUCUUGCGAAAUGUUUAUGAAUACGAGCGCUCACAUCGGCUGACGGAGCGCAUUGUAACCACGACUUUAGAUGCGGCGGAUGGACUAAGCAAGAGCAGUGUCACCAUUGGAUCUGCGGUGUGCAAAUUGAAUGAAGGGAAGCUUGGGACUGUAGUAGGAAACCUUGCAGCCUGGUGGGUCGAAGGUAUUGCGGGUGGAGUAUACGAGGGGGUUGGAGAAGAUGCCCGCUGA